ACUAGAUGCGUUUCGAGUCGGACCGCACUCGCUGAAGCGCAGCGGUUCGCCGCUAAGAAAGUGACAGAAACCCUGCUAAUUGUUGACAUUUCUUGUGUUUAUUUGUAUAUAUAUUUUUGUGCCUGUGGCAGAAAUGGACGACCAGGGGUGUCCGAGAUGUAAAACAACCAAGUACAGGAAUCCGUCGCUGAAGCUGAUGGUGAACGUCUGCGGCCACACGCUAUGCGAGAACUGCGUGGAGAUGCUGUUUGUGCGCGGCUCGGGCAACUGCGUGCAGUGCGACACGCCCCUGAGGAAGAGCAACUUCCGCGUGCAGCUCUUCGAAGACCCCACGGUAGAUAAGGAGGUGGAGAUCCGCAAGAAAGUGCUGAAGAUUUACAACAAGAGAGAUUUUGACUUCCCCAGCCUGAGAGAGUAUAACGAUUAUCUGGAGCAAGUGGAGGACAUAGUGUACAACCUGACAAACAACAUCGAUGUGGAGAACACCAAGCUGAGGAUGGAGCAGUACCAAAGAGAGAACAGAGACGUCAUCCAGAGGAAUAAGGCUAAGCUUACUCGGGAGCAGGAAGAGCUGGAAGAGCUGCUGCUGCUGGAGCAGCAGAGCAAUGAGCAGCGGAGACUGGAGGUGCUGCAGGAGGAGCAGAGGCAGCUACAGGCAAAGAAGAAGAACAAACAGGCUCUGCUGGAUGAACUGGAGCAGUCGCAGCUUCCUGCCACCAUCUUGCUGGCUCAACACAAGGUUCGAGCCGCCCAGCUGGAGACGCAGAUAGAGCAGCAGAAACAGGCGGUGAAGCCUACCAGCAUAUUUUCAACUGGAAUCCAUAUGCGCCAGAAUGUGUGUCUCCAGCCCGUUCCCAAGAUAGAAGAAGUUCUCUACCACUACAGACCCCUUCAAGUGGAAACCUACGGACCCACGGUGCCUGAACUGGAGCAGCUUGGGAGAUUCGGGUAUCUGAACCACGUGCGGGCCGCUUUGCCUCAGGACACGGCCGGAGGAUACAGCUCGGCUUUGGCGUGCCAUCGAGCCAUCGAGGAUGCUUUCAGUGGGCUGUUCCCUUCGAAAGGCUGAACCCCUCCGGAGCGCUUACAGUUAGAAAUGUGACCGAAUGGACUAUAAAUACAGCUUUGCUGCCACUAUUCUGAUGUGGUGGGUGAUGCUGUCACUACUUUUUUUUCAUGAAGGUGUACGUGAGUUUUAUAUUUUUGUUUUUUAAAUAAAACACAAUGAACACUGA